AUGAAAUUUAUGGGAAUGGAAGGUGUGCGAUAUAAUUACGAGAUAGAGGUGCAGCCGGAAAUUAAAUGUUUGAAAGACCACACCACACCACACCACACCGCACUACACCACACCACACCACACUACACAAAACCACACCACACCAAACCACACCACACCGCACCACACCAAACCACACCACACCACACUACACCACACCGCACAACACUACACAAAACCACACCACACCAAACCACACCAAACCACACCACACCGCACUACACCACAUCACACCACACCACACAAAACCACACCACACCAAACCACACCAAACCGCACCACACCACACCACACCACACCGCAUCGCACCACACCAUACCGCACCACAUCACACCGCACCACACCACACCGCACCGCACCGCACCACACCACACCACACCACACUACACCACCACAUACUGA